AUGUUGACAUUGCAAAAUACUGUUCAUGAACCUAUUGAUUGCACCAUUGCAGAAGAGGAAGGAGAUAUACCAGCCAUUAUUCGUUCGCCAAAAACAAAACCUAUAUCACGAGCUCGUAGAAUCAUCAUCCCAGUUUCAUACAAACCUGCCUUGGACGAUGACAAUGAAUCAAACUCUAGAACGACACCUUCCGCUACUCCCAUGGACGUCGAUUCACCUUCUCCAGCAACAUCUAUAUCACCUUAUAUAGAACAACAACAGCAACGACCAUAUACGACACUACCACCACCACAUAAAAUAUUCCCAAAAAGCCAUGCAAUGCGAUGGCACAAGGUCAAGAAACCUGCACCUGCUUUAAAACAAGCAUUGCAGUUCUUGACUAGUUCGCCUCCAGUGUUCGAUGCUCCAGUCAACCAAGGAUGGGAAUUGGGCGCAGACUCUCUCGAGUAUGCCGUCAAGUUCCGUGUCUUUGAACGAAACACGAGGGAUGAAUUCUGUAGUACUAUUGGAGCACCGCCUAAAGCAUUUCGUAAAAUCAUUAUUCAGCAACGGGAAGAAUCAGCGUCUCCUGAAUUGGUAGAAGAGCCUUAUGAACUGAAUCUUGCGGAAAAGCAACAAUUGUUGCGUCGAUUAGGGCCAUUGCCUGCACUCAACCCAUUCACAGCGUAUUAUAGUGUAGCUGGGUAUUCUCCUGAUGAACUAAUGGUGUUUGCUCAAAAGUAUAAGCUUGAACGUGAGGCAGAAGACUUUGAAGAACGGGCUCGUAGACGUCGUAAACCAAAACAUGACCCUAAAGCCAUACAUCUCGCCUAUAAUGAGUUUAUGAGACAACGUGCAGAGAGAUUGGGAGACGCUUAUACUCCAACAGUAGCAGUAGACGAAGAGUCUGCUGCCUCCGACUCUGAUGAAAGCCCCAGGAAGAAAGCCAAGAUAGAUGACGAGGCAGAAGUUGGUGGUAUAAAGUAUGUAGAAUUUAAGCCCUACAAGGAGCUUGAAGCUGAAUGGGAACGUGAUGAUCUAGAUAAUGUCAAACGUCUCAAGGAUCGUAAAGAAUAUCUAGUCGCUGGUCUCUACUCUGCAUACUACAAGGGCAAAGCUGCUCAAGCAGCAGCUCAAGCCAUCCUCGACGCUGUAGUAGUCAUUGAAGAUCCCAACGAAAUGAAGGAUGAGGCCCCUGUCGAAAUAGUGGUUGAAGGUGGUGGUGUAGUAAAAGAAGGUCGUCAAGGGAAAAGAAGGUCUAGUCGUUUUGCUACUGCUCAGUCAUCACCAGCAAAAGAAGAAGAAGAUGAUACAGCAAAGAUGCAAGGUGAUGCUCAACCAGAGUUGGUUGCUGACAAUGGUAGUGCUUCGAGUGGAUCGCCAAACAACAAGACAGUCAAGAAAUUCCAGUUUCCUAUGCCACGAAACUUUGGUAUUACCUUGAUGAAUACUGAAAAGGAGUUUCAGAUUCCUCUUGAUAUUAUGAUGUAUGUUGAUGCUAAAGGUGGCUCCAAAUUGGCCAAGAAGGCACCCGCCAGACGUGAAGGCCCCACUGGCUUCUACAAGUUGCAACGUAACCAGUUCGUCGAUCGCAAGGCGAAAAAAGCUGCCGAGCCCGCAGUUUGUCGAUGUGAAGUCCCUGAAGAUGAAGAUACUCCCGCAUGUGGUGAAAACUGUCUGAACAGAUGCAUGUUCAUUGAAUGUGAUCCAGAAAGCUGCCCAUGUGGUGAUAAAUGUACUAAUCAGAACUUCCAGCGUCGCAACUUUGUCAAGAAGCUCAAGGUUGCCUGGACUGGUGGUCGUGGGCAUGGCUUGCAAACUAUGCAAGAUAUUGGCAGAAACCAGCUAGUCCUUGAGUACUGUGGUGAAAUCAUCUCUGCAAAGACUUAUAAUGACCGUAUGGAGAAUGACUAUGCCGACUCGACGAAUUAUUAUAUCUUGGCAUAUGGUGAUGGUGAAGUGGUUGAUGCUGCCCUUAAAGGAACCGAUGCUCGUUUUGUAAACCAUUCAUGUGAUCCAAAUUGCCGAAUCGAGAAAUGGUCUGUUGGUGGUGAAUUCUGUAUUGGACUUUUUGCUGACGAAGAUAUUGAACCGGGUACUGAAUUGACCUAUGACUAUCGAUUCCAACCGUUCCUGCCUGGUCCCAUGUUGCCUUGUUUGUGUGGAGCAGCCAAUUGUCGAGGUUUCCUGGGCAACAACAAAAAGAAGGAGGAAGUCAAGGAAGAAGACAACACUGCUCUUGGCAAAAAGAAUCGUCUCGCCAAACUGAAGGGCGCCGAUAUGCGCAAAAAGAACAACAACCAGGACCGUGGCUUUUGGCUUCGCAAGCAUGCUCGUGAAAAGCUUGCACAUCAGUCUCGCGACAUUGUCAAGUGGACCAAGUGGUUUAUUGAAGUACAGCAUGUCUUCCUGGUGCGCAAUCUAACCUCGAAGAUAAGAGUUGAGAAGCUGGCCGAGACUGUGGGUAUUCCUCCACCACCUGCUCUCUUAGGACGUGGACGACGUGAUGUUGCUGCUAUUGCCAAUGCAACUCAGGUAGCAGACGAGGAUGGGAUCUUUGUUGUCGUUGGUGGUGAUGGUGGAAAACUGACUGCUAAGAACAUUACCGAUGAACAGAUUCGUGUUCGUGCUGGGCGUCGUAAUCGAUCUUUAGAAGAUAUCGUUGAUGACUUGAUUGCUCAACGUAAAUGA